AUGAAUUAAAAUUAUGACAGUCAUGUAAUUUAUUAGGAAGUGUUGACUAGUUCAUUAAAUAAGCUGCUUAAGCUUCUUCCAAAAUAAAUGAUAAGUCUUAAAACAUUGAUUGAAAAAUCCUUAGGUAUUAAUGUAAUAAUAUUAAGAGUAAAUUGAAUAAGCAAAAAAUGAUAUUAAUAGAUUUUCAACAAAUGCCAAUAAAUAUUUUAUAAUAUAUAAGUAUUGUAUAGACAUCAAACAUAAUAAAAUCACAGAGUGUUGUCUCUAUGAUCUUGAAGUACAAUUUGACUUAAUUUUAAGAAAUUAAUAACGUAAAAUUUUUUGGAUGGUUAUUCAUAUGAUUAUUUAGAAUUUGAGAAAGGAAAGUAAAAGGAUAGAAUGCUUAUAGAUUCAAUAGUGGAAUCCAUAAUUAGCUGUACAAAAUUAUAAGAUGAAAAUUUGCAUUAUCUAAUUGUAAAAUGCAUUGAUGGAUUAUUCAAAUAAUAAAGAUUAGUAAUUAGUGGAGAAACUCUCCUUUUAAUAAUUAAAACUUAUUUUCAUUUAUAUAAAUUAGGAAUUGGUUCUAUAAAGAAUAGUAUAAAAAUAGUUAUAAAAUGUGUGUAUGACAAUAGUUAAGUAAAAGUUGAUAUGGAGAAUAUGUUAAAUAAAGGUUUAUCUUGGAAUAAAAUUUAUAAUGAACCAAAAGAAAUAUAAAUAGUAGAAAUAUCAGAUGUUGAUGUUGUUGAAUAUAUUGCAAUAACUUUAAGACAUAUGGUUGAUGAUGUUAUUUUAUAUAAUGAAAGAAUAAAAAGAGGAUAGAAUAAUAUUCCUAUAGCUUCUGUUCCUUAAGCAUGGGAAGCAGAAGAUAUCAAAUAUAAAAAUUAUAUAGAAGUAAAAGUAAUUGAUAAUGGAAUUACAUCAGGAAAGUUUGGUUGGUGUAUUUUAUGUAGAUAACCUGCACCUUAUUUCUGUAAAGAUACUAGAGUACCUGUAUGUUCAGUUCCUUGUAAAAAGAAACAUUUUGAAAUGAUAGAAAAUAUUAAAAUUAUGUAGAGUGGAUAAUAAAACAGAAAUGAUGAUUCCUAAAUUAUAUUCAAAUAUUUAUUAUUGAAAGCUAAUAAAGAAAAAAAUAUCAAAAAAGAAAUUUGUCUUGAUUUCAUUCAUUAUUUAGUAGAAUAAUAUCCAUUGCAUAUUUAAUCAAUAAAUUUUGAUGAAAAUUUUAUUAAUAUGAUAUGUUUGAAUAUUAUAAAUAAAAGAACUUCAAAUACAAUAUUUAAAAUUUUAGUGUUACUUAUAUAUCAUGCAAGAGAUUUAUUAUAAUUUCAAUUAGAAAUUAUUAUUGAUUUCAUAUUAAAUAAAUUACCUUUAGAUUAAAUAUCUGUUUUUUUAGAUUUUGUAAUUUAAUUAAUUGAAUAUCCUAAAUUAAUACUUGAACUAUUUACAAAUCAUGAUUGUGUAAUUGAAAGAAAGAAUUUGAUUUAGCCAUUAUUUGAAAAAGUUGCAUAAAUAGCUUAGGGAAAGUAGACUAAUUAAGAUAAUUGUCUUAUAGCAAAUAAUAUUAUUUAAAAACAUCUAUAAUAAUUUAUAAAAUUAGUGUAAGAAGAAUAAAAUAAUAGUAUUGCAGGUUUUAAUUCAGAAUAAAUAGAAGAAUAGAAUGAUGAUUAAUUAAAGAAAAUGAUAAAGAAUAUAGAACAUUUUGAUCAGUAAUUUAAUUAAAUAUAUAAGGGCAUGAAAGAUAGUUAACUUAUAAAUAAUAGAUUUUAACAGGAUUAUAAAAAUUUUAAUAAAAUUGGAAAGAAGGAUUAAAAUAUUUAUUUAGUUAAGGAAUAUUGGAUGAAAAGAAGUAUUAAUAAAAAUAUAUAAAUUUAUAGUCAUGUUUAAAUUGCUUAAUUUUUACACGAUAAUCCAUUUAAUAAAGACUAAUUGGGACAAUUCUUUUGUUCUAGUAAAGAGAAUCAUUAGUUGAUAUUUUAAAUCUAUUCAUAAUCAAUAGUUUUCAAAGGUAAUCACAUAGUGGAUGCUUUAAGGAAAUAUUUAAAUUAUUUUACUUUACCUGGAGAAGCAUAAUAAGUAGAUAGAUGUAUGUUAGUGUUUUCAUAAAAGUUUUUUUAAGAUAAUUCUGAUGAUGUAUUUAAGACUUGUGAUGAAACAUAUGUGUUUUCAUAUCUAUUAAUAAUUUUAUAGACUGAUAUUUACAAUAAAUCAGUUAAAACUAAAAUGACAUUCUAAUAAUUUUGUAAGUCUUCAAAAUUAUCAAUGGAAAGAGAUUUAGGUGAAGAAUAUUUAAGAUAUUGUUUUGAUUAAAUCUUGAAAGAACCAUUAGCUAUACAUUAAAGUAUUAAAUAAUAAUAAAAUUGUCAAAUAAAUUGGAUUAAUUUAGAAAGAAAAUCAUUGCAAUAAAAAAUAUAUAUAUUUAUGCCAAGAAUAGAUUAUAUAAAAUUAUUUAUGGAAGUGUUUUGGCCAGCUUUAUUUGUUAAUUUAAAUGUUACAAUUGAAAGAACAGAAAAUAUAUAAAUAAUUUCAAUUGCAAUGCAGAAUGCUACCUAUACUCUUUAAUUAAUGAGUAUGAUGGGUAUAUGUGAUCUAUGUUAAUAAUUUAUUUGUUGGUUAUGUUAAUUGGCCUCUUUAGAAAAUAAGUAGUUAAAAUAAAAAAAUUAUAAAGCUAUACAAUGUAUAAUAGAUUUAGCUAUAAAAAACGGAAAUGCUUUAAAAAAUAAUUGGAGACCAGUACUUGAAAUAAUUAGUUCAAUAAAUUAUAUAUAAAAUGAAAAAUAAAAAGGCAAGAUUCUUUAAGAGCCUUUGGAAAGUAUCAGCAAAAAUAUAUAAAAUAUAAUAGAUAUUUCUAGUAUAGAUAAAGUAAUGUAGAAUACUAGUUAUAUGGAUUCUAGAACAAUAUUAGAUUUUCUAUAAUCUUUGAUUGAUGUAUCUUUAAAUGAGAUAACAUUAUCAGAACCAAGAAUUUUUAGUUUAUAGAGAUUAGUAGAAGUUACUAGUUUUAACAUGGAUAGAAUAAGAUUGAUAUGGAUGUAAAUUUGGAAUCUAUUGAAAGCUCAUUUUGUUACAGCAGGAAUUCAUUCUAAUUCUAAUAUAUCUUUAUAUGCUUGUGAUCAAUUAAAAUAAAUGAGUGUCAAGUUUAUACAACAAUAUGAACAUAAUAAUUUUAAAUUCUAAAUGGAAUACUUAUAACCUUUUGAACUUAUAUAUGCUCAAACAUCAUUUUCAGAAGUUAAAGAGUUUAUAUUAUCAUGUAUGAGAAUGUUAUCUCAUAUGUGUUAUUAUAAAUUGAAAAGUGGAUGGAGAGUGGUUUUUAAAAUAAUUAAUUAAUCUUUAUAGGAAUCUAUUUAAUUAGUAGAUAUUUCAAUAGAUGUACUAAAUAAAAUAUUCAGUGAAGAUUUUAUUAAUUUAAAAGACAUAUUUGAUGAAAUUGAUUAAACAUUUUAAUUUCUCUUCAAUCGAGAAGAACAACAUAUUUUAUUGAAGGGAAUUGAAUAUGUUCAAAAUGCAGUUGAAUCAUUAAUGAAAUAAGAUAAUAAUCUAUAUUAUGCAUUUUGGAUGUAAUCUUUAGCUUAUAUAUGCAAUUUAUUCUCAAAUAAUUAAUAGUAGAUAUAGGAAUAAGCAAUUUUAUCAUUUUUUAAGAUAUUGAAAUCAAAUACUCAAAAUAUUAAGGGACAUUAAUAUGUAUAAAUAAUGAAAGGAAUGAUGAAAGAAUUAUUUGUAUCCUUAAAUAAGGCUAAAAAAGAAAUAUGUUAAAUGGCACAUAAAAGUCUCUUAGAGUUAGUGUUUGAUCAUAAUAUUAAAGAGGCUUAUAAUGAAAUAUCAGCAAUUUUAUUAAAUAGUACUUUAUAAUCAAAUGAAUAUUUGGCAAAAAUUAGUGUGAUGACUUUUAAGUCAAUAAUUAUAAAGGAGGGAUAAAAAUUAGAUUGGAAUCUAACUAUUUAAAUAUUGGAUCUGAUGGUUUAAAAUACAACUCCAAAUAUAUUAGUUGAAGCAGCAGAAUUAGAUUAAUCAAUUAUAGAUGAUUUAUUAAGUUUAAAUUUACCUAAGAAUUAAAUUAAAUUGAAUUCUGAUUAAUUGACUUUGAAAUGUAUAUUGUAAUUAAUGCUGAUAGAUAUCAUCUAAGAUAUAGUUGAUCAUCAUAUUAAAUUAUUAAAUGAAAAGACUUAUCAAUAAUUAUUAAAUAUUGCAUAGAAUUUAUUUAGAAUGUCAUUUAAAUUUAAUAGAUAAAUUAAAUUAAGAUAGUUCUUAUAGUAAUAAGGUUUUAUGCCAAAUUUGUAAUAAUUACCUGGUUUGAUUAAAUAAGAAAAAUCAUCAGCAAUUGGAAUUUUGAAUUUACUUCAUAAAUAAUCUUAGAUGAAUUAAGAACUACUUUAGGAUUUGAUUUAAUUCAUCCUUGAAAUUUUGGAAGAUACUAAAAUAUUGGGAUAGAUUUAAGUGAAUAAAUAAUUUAAAGUUGAAGUAGAAAAAAUAAUAAUCAAUAAUUUAUCAAUAAUAUAAGUGAGUAUAAUACCAAUUUUAAAUGGGUUAGAUAUAUAGAAAGUAAAUAUUAAAAAUAUAUAAUGUAGGUUUAAGAUAAAAUAAAAUCAUUAUUAAGUUAUUCUAUUUAAUUACCAUCGUGUUAUUCAUUAUUAAUGAGUUAAUGUCCACAUUGUUAAAUUUGUCCAUAUAAAUGUAUGUAAAAGUAUGAAUGGAAAAAACUUUAUGAAUAAAUGCAAUAAUUAUAAUUGAAAUUAAUAAGUUAAUUAUGA